AUGCGGCUUCUUCCUUUGGUUUUCGCCUUGGUCUGUACUGUUUCUGCUGCCGGGAAAUCCUCCCGAGCGCUCAUUCCAUUGCAUGAAGAUAACUGGACUGAAAUCAUGAAGGGAGAAUGGAUGGUGGAAUUCCACGCACCAUGGUGUCCUGCUUGCAAAGAUCUGCAAAAGGCUUGGAAUGCUUUUGCUGAUUGGUCUGAAGAUUUAAACAUUAAGGUUGGAGAAGUUGAUGUCACCAUCAACCCUGGUCUCUCUGGCCGUUUCUUGGUAACUGCUCUCCCCACCAUCUAUCACGUUAAAGACGGAGUUUUCCGUGUCUACAGCGGAUCCCGCGAUAAGAACGAUUUCAUUUCAUUCGUUGAGGAUAGAAAAUGGAGAGCUAUCGACCCAGUUCCCGAUUACAAGCAUCCAAACAGCAAGCAAAUGGCUGUUGUUGCCGUCUUUUUCAAACUCUCCAUGGCCGUCCGUGAUCUUCAUAACCACUUGGUCGAAGAUCGUGGAGUUCCAUCAUGGGCCUCUUAUUCAUUAUUCGCUGGAGUUACCCUUGCUCUCGGAUGUAUUUUGGGCUUCUUCAUUGUGCUCAUUAUUGACCAAGUCUUCCCAACUGGUAAGCGUGUAGCCCAACAGCCAAAGAAGGAUGCCAAGAACGGAACCAACAAGAAAGAACAAAAUGGUGAAGCUAAGAAGAAGGAGGCAGCUCCCAAAGAGAAAUCUCCAAAGACUGAAAACAAGAAGACGAAGUAA